AUGUCAACGCAAAAUAAAACACGUAAACGUAAGUGGGAUCUUGAUGAUCAAGGAAAAGAAGCGCCACCCUCUUCUUCUACUACUACUAGUGCACCCACACCUAAAUCAAUCAAAAUUGAAACUAGUAGUGACGCUUCUGGCUCUACUGCACCAUCGCCGACUCAUUCUAAUACUUCUGAAAGCGUUGAUCCAAAUAUUGCUGCUGCUGUAGCUGUUGCAAAAAUUAAUGCGAUGCUCGCUGCUAAAGGUAUUCAAGUUCCUAAUAAACCUGUGGCUGUUGCAUCAGCAAGAGCAGAGACCUCAGAAAAUGGUGCAUCCGAGGAACCAAAACACUUAAAGUCUACAAUUAAAGAGUCUGACAUGGAGUUUACACAAGAUAUUACAAUUAAUGAUUGUAAAAAUAGAUACCUUUUAACAAAAGGAGCUACCCAACAAAUGAUUCAAAAAGAAACUGGAGCAGACGUGACAACAAGAGGAAAAUAUUAUCCUGAAAAAAGUCUUGUAACUGAUAAAGAUCCUCCGCUUUAUUUGCAUGUGACAGCACCCAGUAAAGAAUCAUUAGACGCUGCAGUUAAGAAAAUUGAUGAAUUGAUGGAACAAUAUUUUGCUCCUGCUCCACAAACUUCAACUCCACAUAAAGUAUUUGUGGGAAUAGAACCUGACCGCACAUUUAAUGCGAGAGCAAAAAUCGUUGGACCACAAGGAGCUUACGUUAAACACAUUCAAGCAGAAACUAGUGCAAAAGUACAAUUGAAAGGUCGAGGUUCUGGUUAUGUUGAGCCUACAUCGGGAACAGAAGCUUUUGAACCACUUCAUAUUCAUAUCACAUGCUGGAGUCAGGAAGGACUUGAGAAGGCAAAAAAAUUAUGUGAAGAUCUUAUUAGUACAGUAAAGUCAGAAUGGGAUAAACAUAAAGCACAACAAGCUACAUACCCUACUUAUGGAAGAUCACCGUAUCCUCGUCCUCCAGCUUAUGGCCUACCACCAACUUUACCAGGGCAGCGAAUGCUCAAAGUGCUAAUGCAAAUGCCACCGCCCACCGCAACUACAUCACCAACAACUGUAAGCUCUGCGGCAACUACAUCACCUUAUUCAACUGCUACUGCCACCACUGCCAUUGGUACAGCAAAUACUUCAUCAUCAUCAGCUUACAAUGCUAACGCAACAAGUUCUGCUGCAUCUACAUCAUCAUCUUCAUAUGAAGAUAAAAAACAACCUACAUCUUAUCAUGCAGUUCCACCACCAGACUUCUUAUGA